AUGGUGUCGACAAUGAGUGGCAGUUCGGAGAGCCUCCGGGACGCCGAGGGAUCCAAUGUGUAUGUGUUUGAGGACAAGGAGUACCACAACAAUGUGUUGGAUAACCUGAAUAUGUUGCGCAAGAAUAAGCAGUUCUGUGAUGUCAUCCUUCAGAUUGGUAACCAUCAGGACGUUCACGAGAUAUACGCCCACAAAGUGGUGCUGUCGAGCGCCAGCCCCUACCUCCUGGAGCUGUUCUCGAGCGACUCGACGGCCACCGCCACUGGUGUCCAACAGUACAAACUCUUGAGCGGAAACUACGACAUCGAGGCGUUCGACUGCAUCAUCGACUACGCCUACACCGCACGCCUGGAGGUGCCCGUCGACAAGGUCCGCGACAUCUACGGCAUCGCCAGUCGCCUGAAGAUGAGUUCCAUAGCCUACGAGUGCGGCCAAUACCUGCUGUCGUCGCUGACGGCCGACAACUGUCUGGACGUGCGCUCCAUUCGCGGUGUACUGAACGACCAGUUCCUGUUGGCCUCCGUCGACAACUACAUCCGCCUCAAUAUGCCGGACAUCGUGCAGAACAAGUGUUUGGACGCAUUGCCCAAAGUGCAGGUCGAGGUCCUCCUCAACAGCGACGAGGAGAGGGCCGCCAUCAACGAGAAGCACGCCUUCAAUAUGGUUGUCGAGUGGAUCCGCGCGUCGUUCGAUAGGGAACUCCUCAAUGCGACCAACAUUUGCGAGAAGAUGUUUAUGCUGUUCGUCAACAAACUGGACAAACGUCUGCACGACUGCAAUGAGAUCGAGAGCGGGACCACUGAUGACUCGGACCUCAUUCAGGACUAUAAGCGAGAGUCGCGGCGCCUGUCGUUUCCCGCCAAAGAGGCGGCGAAAGGCGCCCCAAACGGUCAGAACGGACACCACAACCACCAGAAGCCGUGCAAAAGCAACGGUUCGGCGCUGCCGGCCAAGUCGCGCCAAUUCAUGUUUACGCGAUCCGACUCCGAGUCAUCCCUGUCCUCGUUGGCCGACGACGAUAAUGAGAACGACUGGAAGGUGUUGUCGGUUUGCGUCGGCGGUAAGCAUACGCUGAUCGGUCUGAUCAUUGUUUCCGGCAAACUAUUCGUACUGACGGUGAAGUUGAGGAUCAAUUCGCCGAUGAAUUCGCCCAACAAUUCGCGUCACCACUCGCUCGAGAAGCCGGAGCUCUAUUGCCUCAUUCCGCCCAUGAGUUCGGCCCGUUGUGCGGUCGGCACCGCUAUGUUCGCCGGAAAGCUAUUCGUAUGCGGUGGUUACGAUAGGGGCGAGUGUCUGAAGACGGUUGAGGUAUACGACGAGCAGACGAAUAGAUGGCAUAAAUUGGAUCCAAUGUCUGUCCCGCGCGGCCGCUUCGACAUCACUGUCGUCGACGACAAUGUCUACGCCAUCGGAGGAUGUGACGGUCAGAACGAACUGAAUUCGGCUGAAAUGUAUGACUCGGUGUCGCGGGAGUGGACAUCCAUACCGAACUGUCCGGUCGUCCGUUCCAACGCCGGCGUUUGCAGUCUUGAGGGCAAUGUGUAUGUCAUCGGCGGUUGGAAUGGCCAGAGAGGGCUCACCCGAUGCGACGUCUAUAACCCUAAGACCCAGGAGUGGCUCGAAAUCCAAGCCCUCAACACCGGUCGUUAUCAAACGGGUGUCGCAGUGCUCGGCCAUAACAUCUACGCCGUGGGAGGUUGCGAUUCGUGGACGUGUCUGAACAGCGCCGAAGUGUACACGACUGGCACGGGUUGGCAGUCGAUAGCGCCCUUACAUACGGCCCGCCGGGGCUGCGGUGUCGUCGCCUUCAACGGCAAGAUCUACGCCAUCGGCGGUCACGACGGCGUGCGGGCCCUCUGUUCCGUUGAGGUGUACGACCCCAACACCGAUCAGUGGACGUCCGGACCCCCACUCACCAGCUGUAGGGCUAACGUAGGCGUCGCUGUCGUCGACAAACGGCUUUACGCCGUCGGCGGAUUCAACGGCAAAGCAUUCCUCAAUACCGUCGAGUUCUUGGACUUAGAGACCAAUGAGUGGACGACUUCGGUGUCCAAGUGUGACAUCACUGACGACCACAACCACGAGACCAAUGGUGGCCAACACUCUGAGAACGGGUGUCUCACUCGUGAGCGCAAUAACAACGACAUUAACGGCAAAAGCAACGGCUGUUGCGGUGGCGACGGACUCAACGACGGCUCCUAUAGUUACGCGACGUUUCACUCGUCGGUGUCGAAGACGAAGGGGUCGUUGAAUAGCGAACCGCUCGUUGAAGUGGAGGAGACGACUGCCGGCCACUGAGUGGACACACAGACGGACACUCGCAUCGUAGACACACUGACCGCACAUUUGAUUAUUUAAAUCACUUUCUCUAUUGUCUCGCAAUUUGUUUGUAUUUGAAAUUCAAAUAAAAUAUUUCUUUUGAUA